AACACAACCCUUGCGGGAGGGGAAGUAUUGGUAGUUUGUAAAUUUUCGUAUAAAUAUUUUAAAUUUUCAAUGAUUUCUCCAAAAAAAACGUAGUUUUUAUGUUGUAAACAUCAGAAGAGCUUUACCAGCUGGUUUCCAAAUACUCUUACAGUUACAAUUCUGCAAAAUGGACAUCAUAAGGAUGAAAAACAUUUGUCCCGCCGGAAAACAAGCGUUAAUUUGUUUUUUUCUCUCUAUAUUUGUGUUUACGAUAUCAUUCUUCUCUGGGAGUAUUCUGGGCUUCUCGUCAGAGCUAUGGGCACUAACAUAUUGGGGACCAGCGCUGUAUUUCUGCCUAUUUAACUUCAUAUUAAGAUACUGCUAUAAAGGCUUCAUGUACGAGGUCUCGCUCAGAUCAGCGUUUCUCGGAGCAGCAUUCUCUCUAGGCAUCUUCCUUUCUACCUUCGAGAAUGGCUGGAAGGUGUUUGGGCUGUACACCAUGAUAUUAUCCUUCUUCCAUUUCUCGGAGUUUGUGUCGGUAGCUCUGACGAACCCGCGGACUCUGUCGGUGAACUCGUUCAUCUUGAACCAUAGUGUCCAGUAUGGUGUGGCUGCUGUGGCCAGUUGGAUAGAGUGGGGAGUGGAGUAUUACUUCUUUCCUAAUAUGAAGACCUACUUCUGGGUGUCAGCGGUGGGUGUAGCGAUGUGUGUCACAGGGGAGCUGCUGAGAAAAUCUGCCAUGUUCACGGCCAAAACUAACUUUAAUCACACUGUUCAGUUUGUAAAGCGGCCUGAUCAUCAGCUGGUGACGCAUGGCGUGUACUCCAUCUGCAGGCAUCCCAGCUACGUGGGCUGGUUCUACUGGUCUAUUGGGACACAGAUAACACUACUAAACCCGCUGUGCAUAAUAAUCUACGGACUAGCUUCAUGGAUGUUCUUCCGGGAGCGAGUAUACGCUGAGGAGCUGACCUUGCUGACAUUCUUCGGACCUCAAUACGUGGAGUACCAGAAGAAAGUGGGAACUGGACUGCCAUACAUCUUGGGGUACAUCCCGGAGAACACUGCUCAGAAUCUUAAAGAUGAACAUUGGAGUUAUUGAGGUACAUUGCAGAUCUUAGUUUCAAUACAAAGUGGGUACAGCAGGCUCAAGUCACAGUUAUCUAGUCUAAUACAAUAGAAUAGAUAAAUAAACUUAACGUUUAAUAUAUUUUAACUAUAUUCAGCUGGUUUUCUAGCUGAAUUCUUGACAUCAAACAUUCUUAUUUACCAUUCUUGUAAAUACGAACUUUAUGCAGUUUUAAAAAGGAUUUUUAUGCUGUUAUUCGAAAUCACCUUUUUUAAUAGCAACUGGAAUGUAGUUAACUAUAAAAUAAUAAUUUUAAACAAAAGAGUGGUUGCUUGUAGCGCCAUCUACAACUAGCUAUGCAUAAGUUUUAAACGCUAAAAAUGGCAUAACAAUUAAAAUUAACAAAAAGCUAAGUACUUAUUUGUAAAUAAAAUUCAUUUUAACCCCUCCUUUUCAUAAUAAAGCCACAUGUUUUCUGUCUUUCCUUCAAAACAAUGGUUUUAUUAUGAUAAGAGGACAAAUCUUUACAAAAUUUCUAAGACUUCUUUGAUAACUAACUUUAACAAAAACUAAGUAUUUACUAGACUUUCGCUACUAUCUUAUGAGUAAAUGACUUUGUAAAUAGACGUACUUCAUAUUUUCUAAUAUUUAAAGGCGUUCAGAAUAACUUCCUGCAUCUGUUUCGCUUCCAACGGGUGACCAAUUUGUACAAGAGUCAAAAAGUUACUUUCAGUUUUUGCCCGCAUGCGGUUAGGCACACUUUAAAUAUAAAUGAUUAAAAGAGCCAAUUGGUGAUAGACAUCUAAAUUGCUAUUAAAAUCUUAAAAUGUAAGCUCAGAAGAACCAACAAACUUUGUUGCUAAUAUUUCUAACACUGGAUUCCGCCCAUGGUUGCACACGAAUCCCGGUAGUUAAAAAGUAUGUAGGUGCUCAAGGUGACUCUUGUCUCUGAAAAAUGUACAUCUUGAUAUGUUUAGCGUUUAUUAGCAAGUAUUACAUAGUUCAUGCUAAUAUGAAAAAAAAAAUACAUUUUAGAUGCAGGAUUUGCGGUCUGCCAACCGCAUGCGGGCAAAAAUAAGCUUUUUGACUCCCAUAAUAUUAUCAUAGAGCAAUGAUUGUGAUCGUUAUAAAUGUUUGUAUGUAAAGGUUGUGAAUGUACGAACAAAUGUUGAAUCAAAUAAAUAUUUUUAAUGAUUACGUA